GCUGUACAGCUGUACAUCCCUUUCUCGGAAGCAUCUCUACAGAUCACGCGCAGGCGACCGCGCAGCAUCUCCGAAAGUCUGCCUGCCGGAAGCUUGAUUUUGAAGGAAGCAGUAGCAGCAGCACGGACAGCAGUGUUCGCGCCACCCCUACCAAGACUUUUUACCGCCAACUGUGUACGUCGCUCAGGCCCACGGCUUGGUGCCGCAUGACUGGCAUGGGCCCGUCUCAUCGAAGCCAGUUCUUCUUUGACACCCCGACCAACAUCAAAUCCUACCAAGACCACCCCGAGCAGGAACAGCAGCAGCAGCAGCAGCAGCAGCAGCAGCAGCGGUGGCGGCGCGAUGGGGGCGUCAUCUUCACGCACCUGUUUUCCGCCCCGCUGGUCGAGCAAAAAAUGGCGCCAGGGGGCAGCGGCUCCGUCUUGGUGGAGAAGGUGGACAAGCUCAGCUACGAGGAGGAGCGCGACACCCUUCACCGGACCCUCGACAACGCGGACAAACGGGUGCGCUUUCUAUCGGAGGCCGCAAACACCAGGUCCUUCGCCCGCGCCGUGGGGUGCCGCGUGCCCCCGUCCCCCCCCCGCGCUAGCAGGCCGGGGAGCGUCGGCAGCAGCUUAAGCGCUGGCAGCAUGAGCAGCAGCAGCAGCAGCAGCAGCAGCAGCAGCAGCAGCAGCAGCAGCGGUGGCGAUGCCUCGGCAGCAGAAGGAGAGCGAGAGUGCCGCAUCGUCCACUUCACCGGGCAUGGCGUGCCCGGCGAGCUGACCUUCGAAGACGAUAGCGGGCAGCUGCAGUACGUGGGCGAGGCGGAGCUGCUAUCGAUGCUGCUUCGAGGGAGGAAAGAGUCAGGCGGUGGCAGCGGCGGCAGCGGCGGUAGCCGUAAGCACCUGGGAAUGCCCGCCCACGCGGCGGCGGCGCCGGCAGCGGCGCCGGUUCCGGGAUGUUACGCCGGGGAGUUGGGGUUCGAGGGGGGUAUCGGGUACGCCCCUUUCGUAGAUGUCUCCGAGAGCGUGGAGCCGGAGGCGAGGCUAGGGGGCGGGGAGGGUGCCCCAAGAACAGGGCUGCAGCUGGUGUUUCUGAGCUCUUGCCACUCGCAGAGCGUUGCCAAGUGCUUCAUCGAAGCGGGAGUGCGGCAUGUCAUCGCCGUGAAAAAGGAUUCAAAAGUUUUGGACCACAAGGCGGCGGAGUUUGCCAAGUCGUUCUACGCCUCUCUGCUACGCGGAGACACGGUUCGGCGGGCGUUUUUGCUGGGGAGCGCAUGCCUGGAAGGGUCCGACCAGCCUGAGGAAGGGCACAAAUUCCUGUCAGUGCGGCCGUGGCGACGGCCGGGCAGCCUUUCAGCCGUUGCAGACAGUCAUUUUUAUGAUAGCUUGCCCCUCCUCCCCCUGGAGGGUGAUCACGACAUUCCUGUGUUCGAAGAGGUCCCUGACGGGCAGUUCGUCGAUGCCACGCCGCUCAAGCCACCGUACCGCUGCGACGCCGUCACCCAGUAUUUCUGGGGCCGAGCAGUGGAUGUCCAGAAGGUGGUGAAGCACAUGGUAAGUGGGGUCCCAUGCGUGACAAUCACCGGCCAAAAGGGCAUCGGAAAGACCCAGGUGCUGCUGAAGGCGUGCGCGUACACACGGGAGCGGAACGUGUUCGGCGAGAUAUUUUUCUGCCGUUUGGACAGGGCGGUCGGCGGCAACGAUGCCUGCAACUGGCUCGAGCAAGGAUUCCAGCUCCCGGCCGGCUCCCUCGUGGCGCACAACAUGGACGGGGUCGUGGCCAAGAUCUCCCAGCACGUCAGGGACCUGCUGCAGGCGCUCAAGGAGCAGGGCUCCCACCCCUCCCGGCGCGCUCUCCUCGUUCUCGACGGGUGCAGCCAGCCCGUGGUUAUGGUCGGCGAGGAACGCUUCUUCCUGAGCCGCUUGCUCUCGCGGCUAGUAGACGUGCUGAGGACGGAGGGGGUGACCCUCACGACCGCAGUGACGAUGCGGGCCAAGGGCCCCAUGGCGCCCGGCCGCGUCGGAGUCCCCGGAGAGAAGACGGUCGUUGUAAAGCCGCUGGACGCUAGGAGCACGGCAGAGCUGUUCGUGAUGUGCUGUUCGCGUAACCUCUCGGUCUGUGAGAUGGGCCCCAGCAAGCCCGAGCCCUUUACGGGGACGGAAGGGAAGGCGGACUCGUACGAAAGCUUCGCCAAGAGCGACAUCGUGCUCGCGCUGCGCGGACACCCGGGGUGCGUGCAGGACCUAUGCCGCUGCCCCCGCGUGCACGAGGAGAAAGGGCUCAUCGUGCACAGAGAGAAGCUCCUCAGAGAGGACAUACCAAAGGCGAGGAAGAGGAAGAAGGGUUGUUAUGGUAUUGCGAGCGGGGAACAGUACGCAUACCCGGACGAACCAGUUAGGCGACCAAUCAGCAUCGACACGCCUCCUCUCGUACCCGAAGAGGUCGUGCAAGAGACCGCUAGCGACGCGCUUGAAGUGUUGUGGAGCGAGGUGCAGGGGAGGAGCCUGGCGGUGUUUUACGGGUCGUCCUCGGGAGGCGGUGCGGAAGGCGGGGGCACGGGGGGGGGCGAGGUGCGGUGGGGCCGCCUCUGCGAGGCCAUCGGCAGGUACUUCGAGAGACGAGUCCUCGGGGCUAGGAUCCGCCGCCUCGAAGCUAGCGACUUCGAUCUUUUCGCGUCAGAUCAGGCCCUGUGGCGGCAGUCUGAUGGGCCCCCUCCCGCGGAGAUGGCGCUGCAGCACGGCGGGGACGUGGCCGGGGUGCCGAUCUCCCGCAAGAAGCUGGAGCCCUUCUGGCGGUGGUUCUGGCAGGCGGUCACCACGCUGAGGCGGACACCGGCGUGGUCCACGGGGCUCAACGGCCCCGCGCUGGGCUUCGCCGGGUUCAUGAAGAAGGAAACGGCGCUGGCCCUGCUCUCGAGCGAGGAGCCCGGAACGUUCCUGGUACGGUUCUCCACCAGCAAGCCGGGGGCCCUCGCCGUGCACUACGUCCGAAAACGCAGAGGAACGGUGGUCAGCGGGAUCGUGAACGUGAGCAGCGCCGGGGCUCUGUCGGUCGAGAAGCGAGCGGGGGAGCGGACGUUCCACGACCUGGAUGACCUGGUCCUGUCCACGGGGCAGCUCAAGUUCUUGCACCCCGGGUUGCGGAAGCAGGAGGUGUUUGCAAGGCCGAGGAGGAGAGAGAGCUGGUCGGCCGACGUCCGCGCGGUAGUGGAGGGGAUCUCGCGGCGACAGUCCAUGCCUCCGAGGUGAUGGCGCGGAUGGACGCAAGCCGCUCGCGACGGCGUCAUAGAGAGCAGGCCGGCCGGCAUUUCCUCCGGGAGGGGCUGGGUGGUUAUGGGCGUCGCGCUAACCAGGGGGGGGGGUUAUCUGCGGUGUGCGUGCGUGCUUUGGGAUUGUGGUCAUGUGUGCAUACCCAAGUCGGGUCUAGCCGGUCUCUCUCUCUCUUUCUCUCUCGGAUUGGAAGUUUAUCGCGGACACGUGCGCUCGCUCGCGGCGUGUCGUUUCGUCUUUGUUUCGGUGCGUUUAAUUUUCGGUUUCGGUUUCGGUUUCGAUAGACUACGCCGGCCAAGGUGUUCACCAGACUCAAAACUUGUCUAGCAUUUUGUCGUUGUAACACGUGUGUGGUAUGCUUCUUGUGUCUAGUCCCAGGAGGUUCAAACAAGCGGGCAGCUCUGGUUCACAGCCGAAGAAUGAUCGAUAGGUUUAGCGAUCACUGGGCGAAUGCCGCCGGCAAGCUGUUGGAGCGCUUGCUUGUUUGUGACAUGGCCGCACUCCCCCAGUAAGGACAGGUUGGACAUUUUUGUCGUUGAGGUCGCCCAUCUCGUUGUACGUAACUGUGUAAGGCGUUUCUGUGUAGCACACUAGUCUUGUCAUCGCCGUUUGUACGACGGGGAGCGGUUGAAGUAGAUCCUCCGACCAACCUCCCGCUAAUUAUUUAUGGAUGGAAAGGGUGAAGACACUGAUCACCGGGGUGUGUCGAGAGUAAAGCAACUUUAAUGUUUAGAUUUUGCAAAGUUGCAGACGGAUCCGUGGGGGUAGUUUCUAGCACGGCGUGAUGCCGCGAGAAUCCAAACGCUGCAGUAGAAGUAUCGUACGCUCUUGGAAAGUGCGGGAGGAUCUCGUUCGAACCGAGCCCUGGCGUGCCUGCUAACCUUUCAUGUUUGGAUUACAUCGCUCCCAGCAGAGCAGUGAGGCGCGAGGUGUGUGAUUGCCUUCACGCGAAUGCUGCUGUUGUGCGGGCGUGCAUGUAUGUGUGCUCGGAGCUCCACUUGAGCUGUUUUGUUUAUAUUUAUACUGCCAUGAUAGUAUUUUGGGUGUUUGCGGCGCCGGGCCGGCAGAUUGUACAAUGUAACAUACGGCGACACAUGAGAUGUCCGCUCUCUGUUUUACGAUUUCGGAGAUCAAGCAGCUGCCCGCUGAGGCCCACGCUCGAACAUAGAUC